AUGCCUACCACACCAGGCGACUCACGACCUCCUCUACCCGUUCCCUUGGCCCCUUCCAUUUCUGACGCGGCAGACGUCCAGCCCACCCGCCAGCACGUAAAGCACCGCCGCGGAGCAUCGCAGCAAAGCCUCGAGCUCCAAGACUUUCCUUCCAAUUCUGCCGCCGCCUCUGCGCAAUCGAGGUACGGUGCGCGCAUCCGUACCCACCACGUCCCUGAAACCAAUCCACUCCUUGCGUCCGAGGAAUCCGACCUUGAUUCGCCCAACGAAGCUCCCAUGUCAAAGAAGAAGGGCAGGUCGCCGAACCCGCGAGCUAUUGCCGUUCGCGGCGACUCUAUAGACUCGACCCGCAGCAACGGCCACGGCACUGGGACUAUGGACAGCAUGCUUGGACAACGACGCAAGCACGUCGGCCCAGACAGCCCUUCAACGGCUUCGCAGGCCUCACACUUGAUGAGCCGGGACAGUUUCACCUUGGACGACGAUCCCAUGCAGGCAAUGACCCACGAUGAGGAUGGUUCGUCCAAGGGCUUCAGCGAACUCCCAAAGAAGGAUCAAAAAAACUUCCUCCUCUUGGUCCUACUCUAUUUCCUCCAGGGUGUGCCAAUGGGUCUUGCCGGUGGCUCCGUACCCUUUUUGUUGAAAGCCCACCUCUCAUACAGCCAAAUCGGCGUCUUCUCGCUCGCUUCAUACCCUUAUUCGCUCAAGCUCCUGUGGAGCCCCAUCGUCGACGCAAUCUGGACCCCGAAAGUCGGAAGGAGAAAGAGCUGGAUUCUGCCGAUUCAGACAUUGUCCGGCUUUGGCAUGCUUUGGCUUGGCGCCCGCGCCGAGCAGAUGAUGACCGAUGCUGGCGCAGAUGGAGGCGCAGGAAUCUGGGGAUUCACUUGGUGGUGGUUCUUCCUGGUUUUCAUGUGCGCCACGCAGGAUAUUGCCGUUGACGGCUGGGCACUUACACUCCUUUCCCCCGAAAACCUGGCGUACGCCUCGACUGCCCAAACCGUCGGUCUGACUGCCGGUCAGUUCUUGUCUUACACGGUCUUCCUAGCCUUCAAUUCCCCCGACUUCGCCAACAAGUGGUUCCGCGCAAUACCAAAGGAAGAGGGUGUCAUGACGCUUGGAGGUUACCUGACCUUUUGGGGCUGGGCAUAUCUGGCUGUGACUCUGGCCCUUGCGCUCAUGAAGCGUGAGGAGAGGACUAAGAACAAUGACGGAAUAGCGGAGGUCUACAAGGUCAUGGGCGGCAUCUUGAAGCUCAAGAACAUCCAAACCUUCAUUGUCAUCCACUUGAUUGCCAAGAUUGGCUUCCAGGCAAACGACGCGGUCACCAACCUCAAGCUUCUGGACAAGGGCUUCAGCCAGGAGGACAUGGCUCUUACCGUUCUGAUCGACUUUCCCUUUGAACUCUCCUUGGGCUAUUACGCAGGCAAAUGGUCCCAGUCAUAUCCACCCAUGCAACUUUGGUGCUGGGCUUUCAUCGGCCGCCUAGCGGCGGCGGCCUUCGCGCAGUUUGUCGUCAUGAUUUUCCCCGAAGGCGGCGUCACAACAUGGUACUUGUUGACGGUGAUUGUCGAGCAUGUGUUCUCGACCUUCAUGAGUACAGUAAUGUUUGUCGCGAUAUCGGCCUUCCACGCCAAGAUCGCGGACCCGGUCAUCGGGGGCACCUACAUGACCCUCCUUGCCACUGUUUCAAACCUGGGUGGCACGUUCCCACGCUUCUUCAUCCUCAAGUUCGUGGACUUCUUCACGGUUGCAACGUGCGCUCCCCCAGCGAAGCCGCCUACGGAACUCAAGGGUGACCUCGUCACAUCGGCAUUCUCUUGCGCAUUGGAAGCUGAAAAGCACCGCUGCCUGGACGGCGGUGGCACAUGCAACAUCGAGCACGACGGUUACUAUAUCGUCAAUGUCCUCUGCAUCAUCCUCGGCCUGGUGACUUUUUGGGGAUUCAUCAAGCCUGCGGCGCUCAAGCUGCAGGCUCUACCCCUCAGGGCAUGGAGACUGGCGGGCGCUAGCUAG